AUGAAAAGCAUCUCUUUCUCGUUGAAAUUUAUCAUCACUGAUCACGCCACAAGCCAAAGCCUAAAAAUAAGGUACCUCCAACAGCUGAAACUCCAGCACCAGCAACAACAACAACAACACAUCAGAAAACAGCAUCAUCCUAUUUUAUCCUCCUGCUUUUUUCAGCCCACCCUUCUCGUAUCAAAGCCUAUAUCUCUCUUUCUUUCUCUUUCUAAGAGAAAAAAAAUUACUUGCCUUUCUCUCUCUACACAGGGGAAAAACACACCAAAAACAAAGAAAAGAAGAAACAUGGAAACUCCACGCACCCGCUUCAAAAUCAAAGAAGAGUCCACACACCACCCAACUCUCUCUUUCUCUCUCUUUCUUCAAUGGCCCAGCUGGACCAAAAUUUAUGUAGAAGAAAAACAAAAAAAAAAAAGAAAGGAAAGAUAGAGAGAGAACGGGAAAGAAAGAGAAGAUAGAUGUCUUCAAAUGUCCUCCAACCAAACCCACCUCACAAAAACCUCUCUCUCUUUCACAAAACCAAUUAAAAGCAUGUUUACCGGAAAUACCCUUCUGCAACGCCCCAAAAAAUCCUAUCUUCAUCACUGUCUCAACUCUCAAAAGAAACAUUUUUUUCACCGAGUUAUGUGGGCUUCUUUGGGUUUUCUUUGUCUCGGUCAGAGUUUUUCACAGGGUAAACAGGAAAGCGAGAACCUUCCUCUCUCUCUCUCUCUAUUUCUCUCUCUUUUCUUGUUUAUCUUUCUCUUAUCUCUCUCUACACUUAUUCUUUCCUUCUAUUAUUUCUUGCCCUUAUCUUUCUUCCUUCUCUUCAAAUACUCUUCUUUCUCCCCUUUGUCUCUUUCUCUUCCUCCAUAUUUCCUUCUUUUGGCCUUUCGGGGUCUUCUCUUAAUCUCGCCCCUGUGAUCUGAAAUAUGAAGAAGAUGAAAGGGGUUGCUGCUGCUAUGGAGUAUUCUCCAUAUGCCAUAUAUGAGGACCAGAGGACCAGGUUCAAGCACCAAAGCCUUAUGCAAGACUUUGAAGACUUGCACAUGGAAACGGAGUCCAUUAGAAAGAAGUUGCAGAUGAUGAAAGAGCAAAAAUUGACUCUGUUGGCUGAAGUCCGGUUUUUGAAACGGAGGCACAAGUUCUUGAUGCAAAACCAAUCUUCAAACACCCCAGCUAGUCGAAACUUUGUGCAACCACAGAAUAUGGUGAUCAGAAGUAAAUCAAGUAUGAAGGAAAAGAAAUCAACUAGAAAGGAACAUACUUUGCGACGCCUAGCUACAGGUUUUGACUUGAACCAAAAGGGAAAGGCUUACGGUGAAAAGGAAACCACUUUCACUCAUCCUUCUCUGAUGUUUGACUUAAACCAGAAACAGCAGAAAAUUUUCAGUGUAAAGGAAGAAGCUGCUUUGCGAAGUUCUUUACCAGUUCUUGACUUAAACCAGAGGGAAAGGCUUUAUAGUGGAAAGGAGGCAACUGCUCGAAGCGUGACACCAAUUUUUGAUUUAAACCAGAUUUCGAGAGAGGAGGAAGAACUACAGGCUAACGAUAAUUCAGCUAGAAUAGAGGAAUUCAAGAAAAGUUCAAUCAAAAUUGGAAGUGAUGAGCAGCACAAUGAUAUUAAAAUAUCAGCCUGCAGGAACACCGGAAAUGGGCCAAACAGAGUUGGGAAAAGAAAGAUCUCAUGGCAAGAUCAGGUGGCAUUGAGGGUUUAAGUCUCUUACUCUACUUGUAAUAGACGUGCUUAGUUUGGAGGGGUUGGUGGUUGGGACCUGUGAGUUGAGCUUGCUUCCCUCCUUUUUUUAAUUGAUCUAUGUUCUGUUAUCUUCUUUUUUUUUUCCUCUCUUGUAAAGAAAAUAUAGUUGCAUAUGUUUAGUUUAUAAAGAUAAAUAUCAAAAUUGGUGCUUAGAUCAGAUAUGUUCUUACAGAAAUUGUUGUCGACUUGUAUCAUGACAAAUGAAUGUUGCUCUUGUUUGGUCGGAGUAAUUGAGAAGCAGUUUGGUACCUUGCAAUUA